AUGUUGGAGUCAUCUGCUUGUGGUAGUAAACAUGGAAACUUACCUCUGAGAAAGAUUCAUGAGUCUGAACCACUGAGAGAGAUUCAUGAGUCUGAACCACUGAGAGAGAUUCAUGAGUCUGAACCACUGAGAAAAAUUCGUGAAUUUGAACCACUGAGAAAAUUCGUGACCAUCAUCCUGCUGGCGCUGCUGGUGUCAUCGGCGGCGGCGUCAGAGAGACUCCCCCUUCACCAGCCCCCACGAUACGUCAUCCAGACCCCUGCCGUCCCUUUCACCGCCGAGGAGAGCCACACAGACAGCCCUCUCCUUCGGCAGCAGUAUCAGCCCCCUGCCGCCACCACCACCUACCAACAACCUGUACAGUUUCAAGCCUUCCAAGAACCUGCCAUUAUUCCUCUACAGACCUACGAACAGCCUGCACCUGUACAGACAUACCAACAGCCUGUACAGUUUCAAGCCUUCCAAGAACCUGCCAUUAUCCCUCUACAGACCUACGAACAGCCUGCACCUGUACAGACAUACCAACAGCCUGUACAGUUUCAAGCCUUCCAAGAACCUGCCAUUAUCCCUCUACAAACAUACGAACAGCCUGCACCAGCCCCUGUACAGACCUACCAACACCUGCACAGGCCUGUACAGACCUACCAACAGCCUGCACAGGCCCCUGUACAGACCUACCAACAGCCUGCACAGGCCCCUGUACAGACCUACCAACAGCCUGCACAGGCCCCUGUACAGACCUACCAACAGCCUGCACAGGCCCCUGUACAGACCUACCAACAGCCUGUACCGGAAUACCAAGCUCCAGCAUACUACGACUUCUCCUACACCGUCAACGACUACGACCCCUACAGCAGCCAGGUGGACUUCGGCCAUCAAGAGACUCGUGAGGGUGUCCGUACCUCAGGCAGCUACCACGUGUUACUCCCCGACACCCGAAUCAUGAAGGUGGAAUAUUAUGUGGACGACACUGGCUUCCACCCUAUCUACACGUAUGAAGGGGAGGCCGUCUACUCCCAGCCAUCUCCCUCCAACCUCUACUCCACCCCCGGCAAGAAGUAGACGAUACUCCUAGCCAUCUAUUCCAACCCCAGCAAGUAGAUGAUGAUCCUAGCUAUCUACUCCACCCCAGCAAGUAGAUAUACUACAACUAUUUCAAUCCCAGCAACAAGCAGAUUGAACUUAGAGAAGUAAAAGUAGAUAUUUCCAAGAUAUAUCUACUCUUUGGUGAAGGGUUACGUGUUCCGUCCCGAUACUCCCCAAUCCUCAUGGUUAAGUUAGAUUGGGUCACGUUUGGGUCGGAACUAUUACUACCGAGGCCUUUAUUUGAUCUGCAACCUACCCUAACCUGCACAUUAACCUACCCUAACCUGCACAUUAACCUACCCUAACCUGCACAUUAACCU